AUGGCUAGCUUGGAGGAUCUCAUUCCGACAGCUAAUAAGCUGCAGGAUGUUAUGUACGAUGCUGGCAUUGACACGCUCGAUUUACCGGUAUUGGCCGUUAUUGGAUCACAAUCAUCCGGAAAGUCUUCUAUUUUAGAGACAUUGGUGGGCAAGGAUUUCUUGCCCAGAGGCACCGGAAUAGUUACAAGACGGCCAUUGGUUUUACAACUAAAUAAUAUCGCAACAAAUUCACCUCUCAUCAAUCAGCAUCAUGACGAGGACGAGAUACCCACAGACCAAAAUAACGAUAAUAACGAGCUGACCUUAGAAGACCAUUUGCGUAAAAACCAGGGCUAUGAACCAACACAGAGAAAUGAAUGGGGUGAGUUUCUGCAUCUGCCCGGCCGCCGGUUUUACGACUUUCGCGAGAUCAGAAACGAAAUCCAGAACGAAACUGCAAGGAUUGCGGGCAAGAACAAAGGUAUCAGUCGUAUUCCUAUAAACCUUAAAGUCUUUUCUCCUAGGGUUUUAAACUUGACACUAGUCGACUUGCCGGGUAUCACAAAAGUUCCAAUUGGUGAACAACCUGCCGAUAUCGAAAAGCAAAUCAAAAAUCUGAUCUUAGAAUACGUGGCCAAACCUAACUGCAUCAUUCUGGCAGUCUCACCCGCUAAUGUUGAUCUGGUCAAUUCUGAAUCUUUGAAGCUCGCGAGGGAAGUAGACCCUCAUGGUCGGAGAACGAUUGGUGUUAUAACUAAAAUGGACCUCAUGGAUAGCGGAACGAAUGCUUUAGACAUACUCUCUGGAAAACUUUAUCCACUGAAGCUUGGUUUCGUUGGUGUAGUCAACAGAUCUCAACAGGACAUACAGUCCAACAGAAGCGUUGAAGAGGCGCUGGAUAAUGAAGAAGCCUUUUUCGUGAGGCAUCCAGUCUACAGAACUAUUUCAACAAGAUGCGGCACACGGUACCUAGCGAAACUACUGAAUCAAAUUCUCCUUAAUCACAUUCGUGAGAAAUUGCCUGAUAUCAAGGCCAGAUUGAAUACUCUCAUUGGGCAAACAGAACAAGAACUGCAGACGUACGGUGGGACGGGCGUUAUUACAAAAGAAAAUCGAGCCGGCCUGGUCUUGCAACUGAUGAACAAGUUCGCUGCUCGUUUCGUUUCCUCGAUUGAAGGAACCUCGUCAGACAUCAGUACCAAAGAACUUUGUGGAGGGGCACGCAUAUAUUUCAUUUACAACAACAUUUUUGGGAGCUCUCUGAAAUCAAUAAGCCCAACGGAGAAUCUAUCCACUCGAGACAUCCAAACCGCUAUUCGCAAUUCGACUGGCCCACGUCCCUCGUUAUUUGUGCCCGAACUUGCUUUUGAUUUGCUUGUCAAGCCACAAAUUCAUCUUCUCUUGGAGCCCUCGGAACGCUGCGUUGAGCUGGUUUAUGAGGAACUUAUGAAGAUAUGUCACAAUUGUGGCUCACCAGAACUGGCGCGCUACCCGAAACUUCAAGCUAAGCUUAUCGAGGUUGUUAGUGAGCUUUUGAGAGAGCGAUUGGGUCCAACGCGUUCUUACGUCGAGAGUCUCAUUGAAAUUCAUCGAGCGUAUAUCAACACUAACCACCCCAACUUUCUGAGUGCAACGGAGGUGAUGGCCGACAUCGUUGAUUCCAAGAAAACAAGGAGGGAUCAAAUUUCAAAAAAGCCAGAUUUGGAAGAUGCCAGGCAUUCGCUUGCUAAAGACCUUGCAAAGAAACAAAAUGAAGACAGCUCUCCAACUUUGACGUCUAUCAGUGAUGCCGACAGAAUUCGUCUCAGUGAAACGUCUUCCGAUGACGACGAAAAAGAUCCCUCCAAGCAGUCUAAAGAUUCGUUUUUGAAUUACUUUUUUGGUAAAGAUCAACAGAGAGGCACUCAACUAAAUGGUUUUACAGAGAGCUAUAGCUUGGAUACCAAAGGGGACCGUACGACUGAAUUUCUGGACUUCGACAAUCUUCAACUUAAUAACGAAGGAGGCCAACAAAAUGAGGAACAUAUGCCUCAAAUGAAUGAAAGGGAACAGCUAGAGUGCGAGCUUAUCAGAAGACUGAUUGUGUCUUAUUUUGGAAUCGUGAGAGAGAUGAUUCAAGAUCAAGUCCCAAAAGCUGUCAUGUGUUUGCUUGUUAACUUCUCGAAAGAAAUUAUUCAAAAUCGCCUUGUCACCAAACUUUACAAAGAAGCUUUAUUCGAGGAUCUCUUGAUGGAAGAUCAGAAUUUAGCUCAAGAUAGGCAAAAAUGCGUCAAGUUACUAGAGACAUACAAAGCGGCCUCCAACAUCAUAGGCGAUAUUCUAUAA